GCACACAGGUGCGCACGCACGCUGCGGCUGCUGCGUCAGUGGAAGUGUCCAGAGGUGGAAACACGUGCGCGUGGUGUUGCCUGUAGUGAGAGAUGUUGGUCCUGCUGUUUGUCACACUGUGUUUGUCGGUGUGUUCUCUGACCACCGCUCAGACGAUGACCGGACAACCACGAGACAUCUCCACCCGGAACUCCAAGGUUUGGAGAGCGGCGCAGUUCGCCGUCCGUGAUUUCAACCACGCGCACAACCACCAGCCCUUUUCAUACAAGAUCCUCAGCGUCACCUCGGCCAAGGUUCAGGUGGUGGCGGGAAUAAACUACAUUAUGGAGGUGCAGCUCAGACGUGUGUGCAAGAAAGAGCUCACAAAGAAGUGCCAAUCCACCCCUGAGGAGCUCCACUGCAGUUUCACCGUCACAGAAAUCCCUUGGCAAGGCAAACGUUUUGUUUAUCGCAGAAACUGCGUGCCCCAAAAACAUUUCUAAUAAACUGUACUGGUAUGUAUGCCAAGUAAACCGC